AUGGAAACCGGCCUCACGCCCAAUUUAUUACGAUCAAAAUCCCUGGAUGUGUUAGUGCUGCAGGGCGAGGGACGAGCGAGCGAAGAAGAAGAGGAGGAUGAAGAGGAUGAUGAAGAGGAGGAGGUGUGGGCGAAGGUGGAGGUUCAGGUGGAGGAGAGUGUGGAGGCGUACCUGGGCGACCCGGCUCAGAUCCCCUGCCUCUACAGCUUCACUGACGUUGAAUCAGAGCCUCGCUUCGUCAUGAUCCAGUGGUUCGUGAGAGUGUCGGGCAGCAGCUCCAGGAUCAGGAUCUUCUACGGAGACGGCGAUCAGCAAAUUGUCGACAACAACACGGACUACAGCGGCCGCAUCGAGGUGACUUCAGACGGACGGGGGUCAAAGCUCAGCAUCCAGGACGUCCGGCUGCAGGACGAGCGGGAGUUCCUCUGCCAGAUCAACGGACUCUCAGCUGGGAACGCCGAGGGAAGGACGCACCUCCGAGUGUUCGCGACUCCCGAGGCUCCGCUGAUCGAAGGCGUCUCUUCAGGAAUCUCUGUGACCAACGAGCUGCCGUCUAAGGUCGCUUCGUGUGAAGCUCGUAAUGGUUUCCCCAAACCAAACAUCACCUGGUACAGGAACGGCUCUCCGCUCAACUCUGAACCCGGACAUGUGAACGUGCUGAUCCUGGUGACGCGGGAGUCUUCUGGUUUCUUCUCGGUUCAGUCGACUCUGGAGUAUAAAGUGUUGAAGGAGGAUACAGACUCACAGUUCUCCUGUGAGCUCAGCUUCUUCGUGCCCGGAGCCAUCAGGACGGCUGAGUCCAGCAGCGUCAACGUCACCGUGCACUACCCCACCACGAUGGUAGAGCUGUGGAAAGAGUCUCCUCAGGGUCUGGUGAAGGAAGGGGAGACCGUGCAGCUGCGUUGCCAGGGCGACGGGAACCCCCCCCAGCCCUUCACUUUCUCCAGAGAACAAGAGCUGGAUGUGGACCUGGAGAGUAACCAUGGAGACGUGUUGACGUUGUCUCCGGUGUCUCGUAAAGACAGCGGCAUCUAUCAGUGUCGUCCUCUGGACAGCGAGGGAAACAGCGACGUGAAAGGAGAGAUGCAGCUCACCGUGCACUACUUGGACCCGGCGGUUGUUGUUCCUAAAGAAUCAGAGGUGAUGCUGAGAGGAGAAGAUCUGACUGCGACCUGCAACGCUCUGUCCUCCCUGGAGACCUCCAUCAUCUGGUACAAGGAUGGGAAGCGUGUGGGUACCGGGAACACUCUGCACCUGAAGGACGCCACCUAUCAGACGACAGGAGAAUAUAUCUGCGAGGUCACGGUGCCUUCACUGCCCGCUCUGCACACCAGCGGCUCCGUAAACAUCAUCGUCCAAGGUGGUCCUCAGCUGGUGGGCUCUGAUCAGGACGUCCAGCUGGAGGAAGCUGCAGGCCGGACGGUGAAUCUGAGCUGUGAGGCCACGGGUCGACCGCUGCCCAAUCUCUCCUGGAGCCUCAGCAGCAGCCAGAGCUAUCAGGAGGUAGUGAGCAGAUCUAAUGAUCACAAGGCUCUCAGCGUGGUUUCGGUCUUAGUGACGGCUGACUUCAGUGCCGUGUGCAACGCCUCCAACGACCUGGGGACGGAGAGCAAGACUUUCAGCAUCAGAGCCAUUCCCAGACUGACCUCAGCGGCUCCCUUCUCUCCAGCAGAGGGCAGUGGGAUCAUCAUCGUGGUCAUCAUCCUCUCUCUGCUGCUGCUCGCCAUCCUCGGCAGCGUUCUCUACUUCCUGCACAAGAAGGGGAAGAUUCCCUGCGGACGCUCCGGGAAACAGGAGAUAACCAAAGAGAAGACGACCAAAGACGACAUUGUGGUGGAGAUGAAGAGCACGACGAAGACGGAGGACGCCGUCCUGCUGAAGGCCGUCAACGGAGACAAACCCAACGACCAGUAAAGUCCUGAUGGUGCAGCAGGGGGAGUGUGUGUGUGUGUGUGUGUGUGUGUGUGUGUGUGUGUGUCCAUGUGAGUGUGUGAGGAUG